AUAAUACGUAUCUGCGCUGCUUGCCUCGUCUGUCCUUUAUGUGAAGGCGGGAUAUGCCUCGUAGCUUUCCCAUUCACUCUCCCACUUAUCCUUCCUACGCACUCAAACCGUCUCUGAUUCUCCCACGAUCCUACCGCUUCUUCUCAGCGUGGAAAUGGCGGCCGGAAUUCGAUUCUUCCAACUGAACACCGGAGCUAAGAUUCCCUCGGUAGCGCUAGGGACCUGGCAAGCUGACCCUGGCCUCGUCGGUCAAGCCGUCGCUACCGCCGUCAAGGUUGGAUACCGCCAUAUUGAUUGUGCUCAGGUCUAUGGCAAUGAGAAGGAGAUUGGUUUUGUUCUGAAGAAGCUGUUUGAAGAUGGUGUGGUGAAGCGUGAAGAUUUGUGGAUUACCUCUAAACUCUGGUGUGCUGAUCAUGCACCUGAAGAUGUUCCGGAGGCCUUGAAUAGGACCCUGCGAGACUUGCAGCUUGAUUAUGUUGAUUUGUACCUUAUCCAUUGGCCUGUCCGGAUGAAGAAGGGGUCAGUAGGCUUUAAGCCAGAAAACCUCGUUCAACCAGACAUACCUAGCACGUGGAAAGCAAUGGAAGCACUCUAUGAUUCUGGCAAGGCGAGAGCUAUUGGAGUCAGCAAUUUUUCUUCAAAGAAAUUGGGAGAUUUGCUCCAGGUAGCACGUGUUCCUCCUGCUGUUGUCCAGGUAGAAUGUCAUCCGUCAUGGCAGCAGACCAAGCUACGCACAUUUUGUGAAUCUAAGGGAGUCCACUUAUCUGGAUAUUCACCAUUAGGUUCUCCUGGCACCACAUGGCUCAAGAGUGAUGUCCUCAAGAAUCCAGUUGUACUAAUGGUUGCAGAGAAACUAGGCAAAACUCCUGCACAAGUAGCCCUUCGUUGGGGCCUGCAAAUGGGUCACAGCGUGCUUCCAAAGAGUGUAAAUGAAUCAAGGAUUAAGGAGAACUUUGAUGUCUUCGACUGGUCUAUUCCUGAAGACUUGUUGGCCAAAUUCUCUGAAAUUGAGCAGGCAAGACUGGUUAAAGGCACCUCAUUCAUCCACGAGACUUAUGGUGCGUACAGGACCAUUGAGCAAUUCUGGGAUGGCGAAAUCUGAGCACCAUUUUUAUCACAAUCUUCAUUAGUCUUCUCAAGUCAACUUCCUUUUUCUUGUUUCUGCUUGAUAUGAAGUAAUUUGAACUUGCCACUCUCAGAUGCUCUUUACUAUCUUUGGAUGAAUUUGUAUCUUAAAGCUUAACUAUCACAAUGUAUGAUGUGUUCGGAUUGGGAUUACUUGCUAAAUAAAUGAACACAGUUAAAGUCGUGUCUAGUAAAAA